UAAAUGUGGUUAUAUUUGAUGACGUUAUAUCAACUACUCAAAAACUCGGUGUUUUAAACUUUUUGAGGAGAGGGUGGCAUGUAUGUUGGUGGGUUCUUGCCCAUCAGACACAGAAAGCUUCCAUUACUGUCCCGGGCACUCACUUCUCCAUGGUUUGGUUAUGGGCCUACACUCUUAGCCCAGGACACUUUGUCUCAUCUGGGCCUUUCUGUUUCCUAGCAACCAAGUGGACACCCCAAGAAGCCUUCAACCAGACCCAGUCCAGCUCCCUCCUGCGUGACCCGGUGGAGGGGAAGAACAGCACCAAUUUCACCAGGACCCUGAGGCUGCCGGAUACAACUGGCGCUGCGUGGUACAUCCUCACCAUCAUUGGCAUCUAUGGGCUCAUCUUCAUCUUCCGGCUGGCCAGUAACAUUCUCAGGAGAAACGAGAGGUCCUUGGAGGACGUUUACUGCUCAGACUUACCUUCUGAACUCAAAAGGAAAGGGUUUCAGAGCAGGGUGGCCCAGUGUCCGUCACUGAUCACCAGCAACGCCUCAACAGCUCGGCCUGGAACCAAAGUGUGAAGACAGCAGGCUCCACUGAAGUCAAGGCCGCCACACCGGUACUGAGAGGCCUCAGAAGGUUUGCAGGUGGCACAGUUUGAGGACUGCCUGUGGUCUAGAGAAGGGAACUCAGUCCUGGAUCAGGGCAGGGUGACCAAGGACAUUUUGGGCUAGCAGAGUAUGAACAAACCACAAGUAGCUUGUCUUCAGGUGACAGGGUGUCAACAGUCACCAGUUCUCGUCUUCAGGUGACAGGGUGUCAACAGUCACCAGUUCUCGUCUUCAGGUGACAGGGUGUCAACAGUCACCAGUUCUCGUCUUCAGGUGACAGGGUGUCAAUAGUCACCAGUUCUCGUCUUCAGGUGACAGGGUAUCAACAGUCACCAGUUCUUGUCUUCAGGUGACAGGGUGUCAACAGUCACCAGCUGCUCUCACCAGGUGUUUCUGGUGUGGUAAGAGGAGACAGUAGAAGCUGAAGGUUGGAGGGACCAGGGUUCUUAGAGGGUUCUGGAUACUCCUGGGACAAAGGGAUGGCUUCUUGUCAGGGGAUGAAGGGUGGGCUUGGGGUUAGAUGCUCAGGGUAACAUGUGACUUCUAGGGAUUGCAUAUAUUCUUGAGUGUCUGUCUGUCACCUGGAGUAUGUGGGAGUUGAGAUUGACUGUCCCCAGAAGUGACUUUGUCCGUUGAAUUUAGGACCAAAGUCAUUCAUAGCAGAAGCUAAGAAUUCUUCUUUCUUUUUUCUGGAA